UUACAUCUCAGUUCAUUACAGAAUGUAAAAAGAUAAAAAUAACACAAAAUGCUUUUUAUGUAUUCAUUUUUUUGUAACCAUAAUCCAUAAGAAUAAGAAAGAAAUAAUAAUAAUAACACAUAAAAAACGAAAGAAUGGCGACGUACUGUGCAGUCAGCAGGACUAUUCCUGGAAAUCCUCUCGAAUGUCUUGUGUGUGGCUCAUGCGGCAGGAGCCGUGACGUCACCCCGCCCAACUCGACCAAUCAGCGGCGACCCUGCUUCCUCGUUCAACACUGCAUGUAUUAUAGCAGGAGCAGACUGUGCGCGUGCCUGCAGACGAGGCUAAGCUAUGGAGGCUGCCUCCGCCGUAAAAAAAAAAAAAAACAACACAUAAAACUCAUCGUCGCCAGGAAGGAGCGUCUGUGAAGAGUAUCGCGAGACUGCCAGAAGCUAAGACAAAGUGAUGCUUGAGAUACUUGAGCAACUGUGAAACCUCCCAAGAUGACUUCAGAGUCCGCUCUCAUGGCGGGAAACCUUUCGUUGUGGUUUUCCACACCUGCGUACCCGCCACCGCACAACGCGUCCGUCCCGUCCACGUCGCCGCCGUGGGAAGCCCCCGCCUUCACUGUCGCCGCCCGUUGCCGCGUCGCGGCCACGCUGGCGCUCUUCGUCUUCGCCGCCGUCAGCAACCUGUCCGUCCUGAUCAGCGUCUGCUGGGGGCGGGGCUACCGCCUGGCGGCGCACCUGCGCCCCCUCAUCGCCAGCUUGGCGUCGGCGGAUCUGGUGAUGACUUUCGUGGUGAUGCCGCUGGACGCCAUUUGGAACAUGACGGUGCAGUGGUACGCCGGGGACGUCAUGUGUAAACUCUUGUGCUUCCUCAAGCUGUUCGCCAUGCAUUCGGCUGCUUUCAUACUCGUGGUGGUGAGCCUCGAUCGAUAUCGCGCCAUUCUGCAUCCUCUGGAUUCCCUGGACGCGGGGCUCAGGAACAAACGCAUGCUGCUCGUGGCCUGGACGCUCAGUCUGCUGCUGGCAUCUCCGCAGCUGUUUAUCUUUCGGGCCGUUAAGGCAGACGGAGCCGACUUCACUCAGUGCGCCACCCACGGAAGUUUCCAUCAGCGCUGGCAGGAGACGGCAUACAACAUGUUUCAUUUUGUGACUCUGUACGUGUUCCCUCUGCUUGUCAUGACCUUCUGCUACACCCGCAUCCUCACCAAGAUCACUGGCCAGAUGCACAAAAGCAAAGAUGGCGAGCGAUGCCUGCGACGAAGCGGGAAAGACAAGAUUCCCAAAGCCCGCAUGAAGACCCUCAAGAUGACCGUUGUGAUUGUCAGCUCCUUUGUGGUCUGUUGGACCCCCUACUACAUCCUGGGGAUCUGGUACUGGUUCCAACCGAGCAUGAUCAAGCACACCCCCGAGUACGUGCACCACGUGCUGUUUGUCUUCGGCAACCUGAACACCUGCUGCGACCCCAUCAUCUACGGCUUCUACACGACCUCCUUCCGAGCGGACCUGGCCGACGUGGUGGCGUACUGCUGCCACGCCCGCGCCAGCAACGGCUCGCCGCGCUCCGUGGAUCGGCUGUCCACUCGAAGCGGAGGAGCUGCCGGCGAGAUGGAGUCCGAUUUGAGCUCCAACCCGCACAGUGGGAACCCGGCGUGAACUACCUGGUCUUGUCAGACUGAUGGAAAUACUGUGAGUAUACAAGAAAAUCGGGGGGUGAUGUUUCAGGGUAGUCCUUUAUCGAUAUUAUCAUAAUAAUAACACCUUUAAUAACAAGUCGAUAUGCUGCAACAUUUACACUCUUUCAAAUGAAUGUACUGUACGUGAUGUCAAAGGGAUGGACACUUUGGAAUGUACUAUGGCCCGAUCUUCAGUCCCAUCAUAGUGGGGCUUUGAGGGCCUGACUCCAUUGCUCUCAUCCCGAAGGUCAUUUCCAGGAUAGGGAUGGAGAGCAGGCUUCCGUGGAAGUAUGGAUGUAAAACCACUAGUAAUAAUAAUAAUGUCCACUUCUAACCAUGGUGCAUUCAAGGACCACCGUGAUGAAAAAGAGUGAUGAGUGAAGCAUAAAGCCGGGGAGAGCCCCCCAAAUCCUGAAAUUGCGGGGAUACACUCUACUUCCACACUAGUCAAACCCUCCAAUGCUAACCUUAAAGGGACUGUAUGCAAAUUGGGGGGCGCCGGUUGGGGUGGAGGGGGGUCGGCGCCAACAUUGCAACGCACUGCCGACAUUACAUCCUGCACUCUUCUUACUGUCAGUAAAUAAGCUACUUACUACAUGUAGACUACAUGUAUACUACAUGUAUGUUAAUAAUAACAAUGUGGUGAGGUUUAGCUGCUAAAUGUAACAACUGCAUGAUGGGAAAUUGUUGUUUGCGUUAAUGGAACUGCUUUUUGUACGCCAUCACUCGUACAUACGACGACGACUGUGAGUGAUGUGUGGUGUGUUUAUAUUUUUUUGGGUUGGAAAAAAAAAAUGGAAUCAUCCAGUUGCAAUCAGUCCCUUUAAUGCUAAUCCUGCUAAGCUAAACCUUAACCUCCCAAGUUUCAUAAUGUUUCUUUCUAAAUGACUUAAAUAUAUCAUAUAGCAGACCAAAACUGGGAUAGACGGAUUUACAGAAUGUGGGUAAUAAUUAUUUAAACAAAAGUAGGCAGGUGCCUAAAUUUGGGCACCCUUGUUUUUUUUUAUCUAUUUGAAUACCUUUAGAACUAAUUAUUCAUUCAUUUUUUUACCGCUUAUCCUCACGAGGGUCGCGGCCGUAGACCAACUUUUUUCCAAGGAAAACUGAAGAGUCCUCAAAGAUACGAUGAAGCUAGCAUGAAGCUAGCAUUGCUGUAAAAAAACACAGAACAAUACAAGACAUAUAUACAAUUAAAAUGAGAAUAAUUCUAUAUUCUUAGCAAAUAUCAAAGUGGCAAAGUUGCAUCCUUCCCCCCCAACAGACUUUUACAUUAAAUGUAGUGAAAAUCUUCUGGAUUAGCAUUUUUAUGGCUAAAUAUUGUAAUAGUGUUGCCCAAUGAAAGACAUUUUUCUAUGCAUAUUACCAAAAAAGUACUGCAUUGUUUAGUCGCCCUGAUCCAAUGAAGCACAAUGAUGUAAAAGACCUUUUGAAAUACAUUUCUUGUGUACUUGGAAUUGGGAGUACUGCAUAGUCUUGUGUUUUCCAGUUUUUCCAGCACAGGUUCAUGACACAUAUGUCAUAUUCCGUAUGAUUAUUUUGGACUAAAAUGCAGAUUCUAUAGCCUUGCAUGAUUGUGAAAGCUGAAUAGUGGCACGUGACAUGUAUAGUGUGAAAUAUUCUAUAAUGGGUGUGCAUAUACUGAAUAUGUAUUUCUAUACUGUAUAUGUAUGCUAAACGUAGCCUUUGCUGAAUGAGACUGUAGCACAUGCAAUUUCAUAUUCUCUGCAAAACAGAACCAAACAAUAAAAGUGGUAUUUACAGCCCCCCCUGCUGGUGGAAAAUCGUGUUACAUUUUUAAUUACCGUAAUGCUUCAUAUACACGCGUACAUGGCUCGUGCUUCG